AUUGUUUAACAAGAUCUGAUUGUAUUUAGGAUAUCAACAUUGUUGUUGUUGAGGGAGGCCCUAAACAACAGAAAAAGUAUAAACAACUCAUGCUGAAUAGAAUAAAGUGGGAUGAAGAUCUGUACAAGGAUAAGGACGGAAAUGAACAUCAGAAUGAAUGUGAGCUGGUUUGGGAGGGGCAGACUAAACAGAGAAACUUUGGUGAAAUGAAGUUUAAGCUCUGUCCUACUGAGGGGUUUGCCAGGGAUCAUUUCAAGCAAGCAGGGGUGGAACACUACUGGGAUCAGGCGUACAGUACUGCAGUUCUAGCCAGCUCGGGACAGCUCUAAUAUAUUUUCUUAGAACUGUAAUAUUUUUAUUCAAAACUUGUUUUUCAUGUAAUUUCUCAUUUUUAGAUCAACAAAUAAACAUUGAACUAACUCAA